UCAAUUUGAAAAACUUCAUCACCACGUGCGGUGUGUUAUUUUGUGAAAAAUAAAUCAUAUGAAUAGUGAAAAUGGGGAAGUUUAGAUCCAAACUGAAGGGCAAGACAAAGGGGAAAAGAUGGCAGAAGGGCCAGUCGUCGAAUUCCAACCCAAAAAUACAGAAGUACAGAGAAAUGGCAAAAUCUCGGUUUUUUCAGGAAAAUUUGGGGAGCACUGGUUUGACCCAACAAGCCGUUUUAAAACAUGAAGCAAUGAUGACGUACGGACAUAGCACUGGAAAACAAAAAUCAGAGGCUGAAAAUGAGUUAACCAUUGCCAAGGAGUUUGAAAACAUGUCAGUGAAAACUGGAGAUGAGGAAUCGGAGACAGAAUACUCUGGGUCUAUGAGGUCAGGGACCUUUAAGACGUUCCAAACAUUUGCAUCGGAUUGGAGUCAAUGCUCGAAUAUGAGUUUUAGCAAGUUACUAAGUAGGUUUGACUCAAACAAUUCAAUCCACAAAGAAAUGUUGGCGGUACUAGCUGCAGUCACAGAAGUAAUCAAGGAGCAAGGUGGGAAGGAAACCAGCACUGAGUACUUUGCUGCCUUGAUGGAAACAUUAAAAGCAUCCGAAGACGAACAAAGCAUUGUCCCAACUCUAUCCCUACUUUCAAUGGGCAUAAAGUCCGUACCACAAGCGGUGUUACGGAAACAAUUCUCCGAAUCAGCAUCAGUAUUCACCGAAGUACUAGAGAAGAAUGCUCAGACGGAGAAUGGACAGUUGCUUCGUAGCUCCAUCGGAUGCAUAUCGGUGUUGUUAAGGGCACAGGAAUAUGCUGCUUGGGGUGAUUCCUCUACUAUGAGGAUUUUUGACUCCAUACUUGCUUUUACUUUGCACGGAAAGCCUAAGGUACGGAAGGCGGCACAACACGCCGUGACAGCGGUACUUCGUGGUAGUUGUUUCAUGAUACCCUCAGAAGAUUCCAAAAUUAAGGUUCCGAAAGUGCACCCGGCGUCGAACCGCGUGGCGGAGUACUGCCUGUCUCAGAUCAAGGCGGAAGCCCUACUCUCGGGGCAUCGUACUGUCCUGCACACACUCACUCUCCUAAGGGACGUGUUGCCUGUCUUUGGAAAGGAUCAUAUUAAGUCAAUUUGCGAGGCGAUCCUCUCGCUAAUGACACACAACAACGUGUACAUCAAGACGUGUUGUCUGCACACCUUGCACGCGUUGUUCUCCGCUCCAAGAGACACCAGCAAUAUAUCCGCCAGCCUCACCGUGCAGCUGGUCAGGGCUCUUAUGGCGGCUCGGCCUUCUGCCAGUGAUGCUGGGCAGGUGCUGGCGUGGAGCGCCGUUGUGCAGCAGGGUGCUGGAUGUCUGGCCAAGCUGGACAUAAACCUGUGCCUGCCCAACCUGCCGGCGUUCGUUAACAUCUGUGUCACCGAGCUAUGGCUGUCUGACGUCGCCGACAUCAACUCCGCCGCCACUAAUGCUCUGAAGGCGAUCCUCCUAGACUGCGUCAAACCAGCUGUGGAGUCGGAGGAGGCGCUCCUCAGGCAUAAGGGGCACAUAGAGUCCAUCAUAAGGACCAUAGGCACCGGUCUCGACAACCCUUUCAACCAGGCCAUAAGGCACGUUAUACUCACCAUUGCUGUCUGUUUUGAGAUCGGUAACGACAGACUGACCUACCUUCUCGGUCCACUGCUUAAGAAACUAAACGAACGCAAAGAAAGCCACAAUUUCCAUAACGACAAGGAAGUAGAGUACGCCACUGGAUGCGCCAUCAAGUCUCUGGGCCCAGAGUUUGUGCUCAAAAACAUCCCUAUACGCGACGGCCCGGAGUCCAUCAACUUGGACAGAAGUUGGCUAUUACCCGUCUUAAAAGAAAAGAUCAUAAAUUCGAACUUAAAGUACUUCGCAACGGAGAUAUUGGAAAUGGCAACGUUUUGCAGGAAGAAGUCUAGGGAUUUGUCGGCUGCAAAGGAUAUAGCUGGCUCUCAUACGUACGAGUUACUAUGCAAUCAGUUCUGGGCGUUACUGCCAAGUUUCUGCAAUAAUCCUAAGGAUAUUAAGGACAAUUUCAAGGCGUUGGCGAGGGUUUUGGGCAACGUACUGAAGGACAAUCCAGAGUUCCGACUCUCAGUGAUGCAAGCCCUGAGGAAGCUUGUAGCAUGCGCCAGUGACAACGAAGAGGACUCGCAGGAGAUGGCUCGGUUCGCUAAGAACUACCUGCCUAUCCUGCUUAAUAUAUACAUGUCGCCUGUAAAAGGGAGUGCUGGAGAGGGACAGAGGCUAGCUGCUUUGGAAACUAUUCAGACAUACCUGACAAUAAGCGAUCAAACCCUCAGAGAAGAAUUAUUCAAGAACGCUCUACAACAAUUGGAGACCUCAAAAGAGAACCAUUUCCAAAGAGAAUCUAUACUAGACAUAAUACGCCUAUUAGUGUUAUAUCAAACUAGUGAAAACAUAGCCAAUUUGUUCGAGAAAUGGGUUUAUCCGUUAUGUGAGACAGUUCUAGAAGAUCCUAGAAAGUUCCGGAAAGCACAGAAGCAGAAGAAAGCUGAAGCAAUGGAGGAUGAAUCGACAACCGAAUCCAAAAAACCAGAUCUACGUUACAAAGACAAGGCAAAACUACUCGAAAUGGAACACAAGAAGGCAUACAGAAUAUUAGAAGAAAUCUUUAAGAGUGACAAGGACAGCUGCAAAGAGUUCAUAACAAAUAACUAUAAGAAGAUUAAGAAAUUGCUUAUGACGUCACUGAAUAAGGUUGCUGACAGUAGUAAAGCCGCUAGAUUAAGAUGCAUAGAACACCUGAUAAGCAAGACACCCUACUUGAACGCGGAGAGCAAACUGCUGAAGAGUGCCGUAGCCGAGUCAGUGAUAUGCACGCGAGACAUCAACUCCAAGUGCCGGCAGUGCGCGUUUAACCUUAUCAACAGUGUCGGGAAUGUGCUCAAGUCACAGGAAGGAGGUAUGCAAGCCUUCAUAGGAAUGCUGCUGUCUGGUCUAUCCGCGCCACUACCCAGGAUAGUGAGUGCCACGCUGAGGGCCGUAGCGUCAGCACUCUUCAACUUCUCAGAGGAUAUGGGCUUGGAAACCGUACAGGACUUGCUUGAAAAGGUAGCGGAACAAAUGUUAUCAAACAACAGGGAGAUAGUGGCCGCGGCAAUGAGUUUUCUUAAGGUAUAUACAAAGGUUCUACCAAGUGAUGUCCUAGCGGGCAGUCUCCCGGUGGUCUUCAAGACACUGUCGACCAUGUCAGAGGACUGCAAGCGUCAUUCAAGACUGGAGAUAGGAUACUUCCUCAACAGGAUGAUGCGGAAGUACGGCGCUGACACCAUUGAGAAGCUCAUCCCGCCAGCUGAUGAGGUGAUGCUCAGAAGACUGAGGAACUUGAGGAAGAUCGAGAACAGGAAGAAGAGGAUGAAGGAUGGACAGAGAGAUCAAGACCAAUCAGAUUCAGACCUGGACGUGAAGGGAACAUCAAGAACUCUAGAAGACAUCCUCAAAGAUUCAGACUCAGAGAUGGAAUAUCUGGACGAGGAAGACCAGAGACCGAAGGCGAAGAAGAAGAGGACUCAGGCGUGGAUCCAGGAUGAUCCGGAGAACAUUGUCGAUUUGGCUGAUGUGUCUGCUGCUAGAAAGAUUACAGCAACGGAUCCAACCCAGAAGAAGAAAGCAGUAGAAGUCAAGGAGAAGAAGAAAGAUGGCGGCUUCAAGACCGCUCCGGACGGCCGGCUGAUCAUCACGGAUGAUGCCUUCGAAGAUGAUGAUGAAGAGGAACCAAGGCCCAGUGGGGAUAUUGACACGGAUACUGAUGAUACAGAUGUCGAAGCAGACGCCAAGCCGUCGAAACUCCUGAAACCAGGCAACAAGAGGAAGUAUGACGACAUAUUGAGUAUCAAGAGUGGGAAGUCUUCCAGGAGUCGCGCCUCCACAGUCACUGUGGGCUCUAAGUAUAAGGCUGGUGGCAAGGGUAUCCAUAGGCCUAUCGGAUCGGGAGCGUCUGUGCCGUCGGGUCUUGGCGGUGACUACAAGCCCAAGAAGGCCAAAGGAGACAUCAAGAAGAAAGGAAAACACGACCCUUACGCGUACCUACCAUUGUCUAGGAAGAAUCUUAACAAAAGGAAAAAGGCGAUCAACUCGAAACAGUUCCAAGGCAUUGUGAAGUCUAAGACCAAGGGAGGAGGAGCCAAAAUGAAAGCGAAAAAGAAGUAAUUUGAAAACUUAAUCUUAUUUCUGUUGGUUCUAAAAAUAUUACCGUCCUUCACUUACGUGGAGUGGAAGAAAGAGAUAGAGCGAGUUUUAGAACUAUCACUCUAAAAUAAUAUUAAGUUUGUGUGUAAUCGACUCCAUUGUAAAGUUUAGACUGGAUUUAUGUUGCUUAAAGCAAGCUUGUAUUCUACAGGUAACGAAAUAAACUUGUUUAUUUA